CCCAUAAAUCAAUUAUAAUUUUAUAACUCUUAUUAUUACAAUUUACAAUGAUGUCGGAAUCUGAUCAAGAGAUUCUUCUCCAGAAAUCGGAUGUGUUUAGGAUCCAUGGAAGAGACAAGAGAGGUCGCAAGAUCCUCCGCAUCGUAGGAAAAUCCUUUCCAGGUCGAACGGUGACUAUUGAUGUUGUGAAAAAGUAUUUGGAUGAGAUGAUCUUUCCAAAGUUAGAGAAUCGUCCUUUCUGCGUUGUGUAUUUUCAUAGUGGAGUUCAAAGGAGCGAGAAUUUUCCAGGGAUUUCCGCUUUACGAUCGAUAUACGAGGCGAUUCCGUUAGAUGUUAGAGAGAAUCUGGAGGAUGUUUAUUUCGUUCAUCCUGGUUUGCAAUCCAAACUCUUCUUAGCCACCUUUGGCCGUUUCCUUUUCACUGGAGGGUUGUAUGAGAAAUUGAAGUAUGUGAGUAGGUUAGGGUAUUUAUGGGAGCAAGUAAGGAGGAAGGAGAUUGAAGUUCCUGAAUUUGUUCAGGAUCAUGAUGAUGAUCUUGAAUACCGUCCGAUGAUGGAUUAUGGACAGGAGAGUGAUCAUCCUAGGGUUUAUGGUGCACCUGUUGUUGAUUCCUCUGUCCCAAUGUACUCCACCAGGUGCAUCUCUUAAGAAAUCAUGAUAAUGGCCAUGGAUCAUCUUUGAUAAAUAGAUAGAUUGAUAGAGAAACAUAUGAAGAAGAAGAAGAAUGGAGUUUUUGUUUAUGGGUUGUUUCUAUGAU